ACAACCGCAGUUGUGGCUACACGGCAGGGGCGGCGGGGCGCUCCCGCAGGACUACAGCUCCCAGCAGGCCCCGCGGCGCGCGGGGAAGGCCGGGGUGGAGGCGGGAGGCUCAAGGCGGCGGCUGAUGGCUGAGGCGGACACCAUGGAGAAGCUGCGGCAGGUUACUUUAUGGCUGAAGGAAGUGUUUGAGAAUCAGCCCAUUCCGCAUUACGAAGUGAACCCCCAGACUGUUGAAAUUUUGUAUAAUCUUAAAGAAUACAGUGAAACCAGAGAGAGAGAUCUGGCUUUUCUGGUAGAAGACACGGAGCAGAAGGCAGCAGAAUAUGAAGCACAAGCUAAGUAUCUAGAGGACCUUCUCACAAAAGGCUUGGGUCUUUCAUUAUCCAGUCUGUCCAGCGAAGGCGCCACCUACCUCAACACCCUGGUAAACAGUGCAAUAACACUUGGAACGAAGGACACCUCUCUUGCCAGCUUCUUCUGUGCCAUUAAUGAUAUGAGUUCCGAGCUGUAUGCAACAGAAUCAAAAAACAAAGAAUUGGAGCUGGAGUUGGCCAGCAUGAAUAAGAAACUAACUGCUGCACUGGCGAUGGAAAAGCGGUUAGAGGAGGAUCUUAGAAAAACACGGGACUAUCUUGAGGUGGAAAGAGUGAAGGCUGAGAGCCGAUCCCAGAACUUGAAGUUCCUGAGAGACAAAUCUGAGGAUUUCAAAAUCAGGAUUAAGGCUGCUGAGGAGAAGCUUGCUGCCAAUGGGUUGGAUUAUUCAUUGAUGCAUCAGUCACUAGUGAGCAUGUCUGAGAAACUGGAAGAAAUGCAGAAAGAAGUGGUGCCUGUGAAGAGGGAACUUGACUCCUACCUAGAUUUAACUCCUAAUCCUUCCCUUGUGCAAGUGAAGGUUGAAGAAGCAAGACGAGAACUGAAUGACUUGGAGGCAGAGCUCUCAAAGGAGAUUCUCAUGCUGACUCUCGAGAUGCCAGAAUCCAGAAAAAACAAGUUCACCUGAAGUGGCUUGAACGGAAGAUUUCUUUUCCAAAUUUCUAUUUUACUUGCACUAGUUUGGACUCACUGUAUUUCUGCAGCUUUCUGCCUUACUCAUCUUGCUGUCCGAUGGCAUGCUUGUCACCUUUCAGGAAGUGUAAUCUUUCUUAAGGGUUCGGGUAGCCAUGCAUUUGUAAAUGUCACUUUUUAUAAAGUAAUAUGCAAGCUUCUUGUUUUCUCUAUCAGUUAUUUUUCCAUGAGUGAUACAAACCUGUAACCAACCUCCAGAUGGCACCUUCACCAAGAACCGUCCCUACCAGCAUCUGGUAGGCCCUUACCACACAGAAUUGAACUAACUGUCUCUGUGUCCAGGCUCUGGGUUGUAUUUUUUUAUUUCCCUGGAGUCCUUGCUUUAGUGGUGCAAAUAUGGUAAUGACAGGAGCCUUGCACUUACUAGACCAUUGGCUUUUGCUCUCCUUUUCUUGUUAUUUCAGAAUUGGAGAGGCAUCAAUUUUUUCUACCACACAUACUAUGUCUAAUGUUUACCAAGUUUUUGAAGAUGAAUUGUAGAUUCUUA